CAUUUGUUAUGGUUUGUCAGCUUGAUUUCAGACAAUUCUAAAGUAUGGCUUGAAUAGUAAAAUACAGUAGUUAACCAAAAUACGGUUUUUCAGGUGUUUUUGCAGAUGGAAGAUAGUCUAAACAUUAGAUCCUGACUGAGGGGUGUGAUGACCAUGCUCAAUGUUAAGUAAACCUCUUGUGUGAUAAACUGGAAUUUCUGUGAAUGUUAUUGUUGAAGAACUCAAGGAUGUCUGGGGCUUGGAACAUGAUAUCCCUACGGCACUCAAUGAUAGGACCUAGGAGCAGACUUCACUCCUAAAGAGAAGACGAGAACAGGAAACAUUUCAUUCUUCUGUUGAACAGCACUCAGGCCUACAGAAAGACUAUGCUCUCCUGGGAUGUUCAUCUCUGCUGCUGCAUAUAUGUAUUUGCACUCCUCUAUGUACCUGCAGCCUCCAUCUUGAACAUAUCCGCUAAGGAUGACCUUCCAACUGGUGCUCAAAAUCGGGAACAAAUGGAUGGGGAUUCAUCAUUCCUUCAGUUAAGAGGCAGCCUGCCGUCUUAUUCCCAGCCAUUCCGCCCAUACACCAUACUGACCACUGCAAAAAAUUUCCCCUCCAUACCCAAACCAAGGAAUUACCGCCCCUCACGCCUACUUCGUAUUCUCGGACCCUCUUUUGACCCAUUCUGGAUGUCUGUUGAUCAGCCACCUGAAGUCUCUGUGGUCUGCACAGACAAAGGUAACUGUGAUGCUGUGUCAAGAGGCGACUCGCUACCUGUUGGAAUCAACUCAAGACCUUCCAAAGAGAACUUCAACUUCAGUGCUUCUGCAGUGCUGAUGGAGGCUAGAGAAAACCAGCGGCGGGAGUUGGCAAGAGAAGCCUCAGGUGUGAAGCUCAGUUUUCUGCCUCCGGAUGUUGCCAGCUCAGUCCGGACCUGGCUGGUGAAUUCUGCCACAUGUGGAUUGCGUUCUCAGUGGGUGGAUGUGGGCCCAGCAUUCUGGCCACGCUGGUUGCGACAGACAGACUGUGAUGAGUCAGGCAGAGUGCGAAGCUGCUCCUUUCCCAGUGGCAUGGCAUGCGUGAGAGCUCAAACAACACAUAUUAAGAUUCUGGCUUGGCAUUGCUUGAAAGUGAGAGAUGAUGAAUCCAAGCAGAUUGAGGGUGACAUGUCUGGUAUCAGCAUGUUGGUGGGAAUUAGUGAAGAAAUGAGAAAGUGUUUAUGGAGGCCGGUGCCUUAUCCUGUGGUCACAGCUUGUGCAUGUAAAUGCAAAUGAUUGCCUUACUCUGUGAUUUCUCGAAUUAGUCUUGAAAUAUAAUCUAUUGGCAUUCCAUGUUUACUCCUUUUUUAAUACCAAUAUAUAUUUUAGUGGAAUUCUCCCACAUCAAGCGAUUUCUAAUAAAUAUUAGCUUGCAACUUACAAGGUAGUAUUUUCUUGUAACAGUAGCUCAGUCCUCUGCAUUUUUUUUUUUUUUUUGCUGUACUGUAUAUGUUGAUUUAUUGUGUAUUCAGUGAAAUUUUGAAAUUAAAGUCUAAUCUGUUAGUGUCCUUAAUUUGCAUUGAAAU